AAGCAUAUGUUUCCAGCAAAUGGUGGGUGUCUCUAUGUUGGAUCUCUCUCUCUUCUUUCUCCUUCAACAUUCAUACUCACUAUUCCCUUCUCCUUCACUCUCUUCCUUCCAUCUUUCUAUCUUCAAUUUCACUCUCUCACACGGCUUAUCCUAUCUCAUGAUGUUCUGUUGUUAGCUUGAACUCACUUCCAACGUCUCUUUGUUUUCAUUGCAUGUUGUGUAACGCUCUCGCAUUCCAUUUAUUGCGGCCUUUGACUUGUCUUCUCCUUUGCAACUCUUUUUAUUUCUUCUCUCUCUUUCCGACUUUAUAUCUUACAUGUAACCAAUGUUGUGUCAUGGACGUUACUCUUCUUAAUUGCUAAAUAAACAGGCACAAACCUACCCAUGUCUCACAAUCUUCCCUUAUUUCAACUUUCACUUCCAAAUCAAUCUCUGCUCCUUGUUUAUUAUUCUCUAUGAACGCCGGUGUAUUGUCAGCUUCUCAUGAUGUGAAGUUUUUUGGUUUUUGUGUGGGGGCGUCUUUCAUUAGGGAGUUGCUGAUAUUUUUUGUCUGGAUUUUCUGUCUGCAGUUUCGGACAAUUUCAUUGGCGGUAAGAGGGUAAAAGGUUUCCCUGAUCAACAUUUAACAGAGGACGUAUUGAAGGAGCAUUUGCCUGCAAAUGACCUAUUAUGACCAACAAAAAAGCAUUACCUGUGUCAACUGUUGUUAGUGGCUUUUGUUUGGGUCAUAGGACGCAAAAGAUGAGAGUUUUGGAGUUAUCACCCUCAGGUGACAAUGGUUCCUCUACUAAGGAAGAUGAACCUUUACCUCAGGAUGCAGAUUAUAGUAAUGUUCUUAGUAUAAGUGACGAGCUAGAGACUUCAAUCUUGGCAAGAUUUCCAAGGUCACAGCUUUGGAAAUUGUGCUUUCUAAACAAGCGGUUCUUGGCGCUAGCUCGGAGUGGCGAGAUCUACAAAAUCAGGAAGGAGAUAGGACUGAAAGAGCCAUCUGUGUUUAUGUUAGCCAGUGGAGAGAGCAAUUGGUGGGGAAUGGAGUGGCCUUUCAUGUCAAGCAAGAAACUCCCUCCCAUUCAAUCAGAUUAUAAUUUUGAGUGUGGAGACAAGGAGUCUUUUUGUGCAGGAUCCCACCUGUUUGUGUUUGGCAAGGAGAUUGAUGGGCCUGUAACUUGGAGGUUUGAUUUAACAAAUAAUGAAUGGCUCAAAGGGCCUUCUAUGAUCAAUCCAAGGUGUCUUUUUGCAUCAGCUACAUCUGGUGCAAUUGCUUUUGUUGCUGGGGGCUAUGAUGCAACAACUUACACCCAGAUUUUGGAUACUGCUGAGAUGUACGACUCUGAAAGCCAGUGUUGGAAACCCCUCCCAAGGAUGAACAAAAGGAGGAAGUUUUGCUCUGGUUGCUUCAUGGAUAACAAGUUCUAUGUCAUUGGAGGGAAAGACGAGGAUGGGAGGGUCCUCACUUGCGGUGAAUUCUUUGAUGGGAAGACAAAUAGUUGGAAGUUGAUUCCUGAUAUGUGGAAGGAUAUUCCUCUUAAUGCUGAACACUCUCCACCUCUUCUUGCUGUUGUGAACAAUGAGCUCUACACACUGGAUGCUUCUUCGAAUGAGUUGAAGAUCUAUAUGAAGGGAAGCAAUUCAUGGAAGACUUUGGGAGUGGUUCCUGUGAGAGCUGAUGAACAAAGAGGUUGGGGUGUGGCUUUUAAGUCUCUUGGUGAUGAGUUGCUUGUGAUCGGUGCACCUUCUGUGUCACAGGCAGAGCGAGCCUUGUGUAUGUACACUGGUUCUCCUGAUCCUGCUGAUCACAAAUUCAGGUGGCGGCAAAUUGGAUGCAGCACCAUUCAGCUCAAUCACUUCAUCCGCAAUUGUGCUGUUAUGUGGACCUGAAAUUCUUAUUUCAUCAACACCUCCAAAACAUUCUAAAUAAAACUUGGAGACUACUAGGAUGAAGUUUUCAUUACAACAAGCAGCUUCUGUCAUCUCAUGAUUCAUCUUUGUUUCUGUUUUGUUACAUGUUGGGGUCGCUUUUUAGAACAACUUAUUAUUAGGAAGCUUGUUCACGUUUUAACAUAGUAGGAGUGAAAAUGGCAAGGAAUAUCCUAUUAUUGUUGGUGAUGAAAACCAGAUAAGGAGCUUCAAAUCUCAAAUGCUACUUUUUCUCUUGUUCUGCUGAUUAUGCUACAUUUUAUCGUGUUACUGGAUAUCAUCAAAUUUGAAUCCUUUGCCUCA